AUUUACUUCCAGCGUCACGUUAAUUAGUGCAUCAUGAUUUUCAAAGACCUUCUAGUCACGAUAACAACAUCCACCCGGCGUUAUACCGACUAAACUAGUUCGAGGCCAAGUUCAUCGAUCGCUGAACAGCACAAGUCAUAGCUGAAAGCAUAUUCAAGCGAAUAAUGGACGAAGAUUUCAUGUUUGGAGCUUCAGUCUGGGGUACUACUCUGACACCCGAUGACCCAAUUGCAACACGCCUCGCAAAUAUUACAUCUUUCUCUUCACCUGAAUCACCUGUGCCGCCAUCUCCUGCGCCAUCUCAAGACCGACUAGACGAUUACGAUGACUUUCAUACGCCCCCACAAACACAGAACCCAUCUAUUGCACAGGAAGAUGAUUUUGGUGACUUUGGGGAUUUCGGAGAAGCAGGGGACCUGGAAGGCGGCAGGGGUUUCGGAAACGAUGCAGAUUUCGGGCAGGAUGGAGAUUUUGGAGAUUUCUCAGAAGAUGAUACGUUUCAUGAAGAGCCGAUACCGGGUCCAUCUCAUACUACCUGGGAGCCGCUCACAUUAACCCCCUUACCUUCCGGAGAAGAUCUAGAGGGACAGAUCAACCGCAUCUUGGAUCCUGUAUGGAUAUGGGAUAUCUCUUCGCUGACAACAGAUGAAGACAUCAGACAGGCAGAGGGUGUCAGCCAAAUAUUGGUCACACCUGAAAGUCGCGGAUUAUAUACCAUGCUUCUGGAUUCGCCGCCCCACAUGGAGCCCAUCAACUGGACACGCUCACGCAUUCGACAGCAACAUUUAAUCGCUCUUGGACUGCCCGUGAACUUAGAUGAAAUACUACCGCACGCAAGCGGCAAGCCCCUUCCCCCAUUACAUAUAUCGACAAGACCGAUGUCUGCACCCCCAGGGCCUCGCAAUGGUCCACUGCAGAGUACCCCAUCGUCUAGAACCAAUUCUCGUACAGGGACACCUCGGAUGGGCACUCCACAGCCGUCCACGCGGGCAGGACCAACCGUAUCACAGCUUGGUAUUGGACCCAAACCCCAACUAGAUGAUAAGAAAGUAGAGGAACUACUCAAACUUGAUACUGAUCAAUUAACCCUCUUACCCUUGGCAAAACUUGAACGGUGUUUGAUAGAUCUCCGGACAGAGACAACCAAUACCUCAUCUUUACUUACACACCUUCUACAAACUCGCGAUGCUCUCCAGCAGGACUCGGAGACGUACAACAAAUUGAUCGCAGAAUUAGUAAGUGAGGCGCAGAAGAAUAGUGGCCACAGUAGGACAGGUAUCAAGCGUAGCGGUACUAUGCGUUAAUACAUUUAUCACAGUUUCAUAUUCUGCCAUCAAGAGUCAUAUAGAUACUUCAUUCAAGGUCUUCACAUUCAGAAUCAAAGCACCAUGAGCGAUAU